UACUUUAAGAACAACAAAACAGAUGCCGGCUGCGAGCUUGUUGUUCCCAGCGCGAUACGUAAACGAAAGUGAAGCAAGCUAACAAAAAAUGGGAGAUAAUAGCGCAUUCGUGUUGGAUAAUGGUGCAUUUUAUGCAAAACUCGGCUUAUCAGAUGCUUCGGAACCGAAAACCAUUCUCAACUGCAUCACAAAGGCCAAAUCGGAAAGAAGACGACCAUUUAUCGGAAACCAGAUAGAAGAGUGCCGGGACGCUUCGGGCCUGUUUUACAUCCUUUGCUUUCAACGGGGCUACCUAGUGAACUGGGAUGUACAGAAAACGGUUUGGGAUUAUCUGUUCAGUCCCGACUGCUGCCCGGUACAGUUUUCCGAAACACCGCUGCUCAUCACCGAGCCACUGUUCAAUUUCGGUUCGAUCCAGGAGGCGAUGCUAGAAAUCCUGUACGAAGAGUACGACUGUGAUGCCGUGUGUAAAUCGACCGCGAUAGAUUUAGCUGCCUUCAAUUAUACGCACACCGCCGAUACAGCAGCCGACGAACGGAAAAGGCCACUGGCCUGUGUGGUGGUCGAAAUGGGCUUCAGCUUCACACAUAUCGUCCCGUUCGUGAAGGGUAACAAGGUGAAGGAAGCGAUCCGGCGGAUCGACGUUGGCGGAAAGGUGCUUACGAACCAUCUGAAGGAAAUCAUCUCCUACCGGCAGCUGAACGUAAUGGACGAAUCGUACGUGAUCAAUCAGGUGAAGGAGGACAGCUGCUUUGUGUCACAGAAUUUUAACGAAGAUAUGCGGAUAGCGCGCAAACGCUUCCCGGACAAUACGAUCGUGCGGGAAUAUGUGCUGCCGGACUAUACGCAGAUAAGGCGUGGAUUUUUACGCAACCCGAACGAUGCAUCGGGCGGUGUGGAUGGUGGAGAUGAGCUGCAAACGGUGAGGCUGUGUAACGAGCGGUUCGUUAUACCGGAAAUAUUGUUCCAUCCUUCCGAUGUGGGCAUCCAGCAGAUGGGCGUACCGGAGGCGAUAGUGGAUGCAAUCAACCUGUGCCCGGAAGAGACACGGCCGCAUCUGUUCGCGAACAUUGUCGUGUGCGGUGGAUGUGCACUGUUUCCGGGGAUGCAAUCGCGUGUAGAACGGGACGUGCGUGCGUUGGCACCGGAUGAGUAUGAAGUUAACGUAACAGUACCAGACAAUCCUAUCACAUAUGCGUGGCACGGCGGGAAGAAGUAUUCACAGUCGCUCAGCUUCCUGAAAUCCUGCAUGAGCCGGAACCAGUACGAGGAGUACGGCACCAAGCAUUUGGUCGAGAAGUACGAAAGCUAGCGGCGCAAGAAAACGAAAUGUCGCAAACAGGAGGAUACAUCAGGUUAGCGACCACUCCAUUCGUCCGCACGAUCACGCGGAUACGAUGCAACACCGGGAAGAAGACUCCUUCCGGUUGUCCUCUAACAUAGACGAUACUGCUGGGCGAAUACAACACGGAGGGGAUGGUUUUUAUACUCAACACACGUUAACACGGGUACCGGGCCUGGGAUGGCACGUUCAGAGACAAAUUCAAAUGCACAACACAUACACACUUUGUCUAAACAAGCAUCUUCCGGGAUGGUAUCUGUCCGUAACGGAGGGGAAGGAUUAUGUGUACCAGAAGUACGAGACUCUCUUUCUAUAUUAAAUAACCCUUGUCGCUUAUGGAUGAACAUUA